CUCGCGAGAAGCCUGCAGAGCACCUCGUUCUAAACAACAUUAGCUAGCUAACCUUGUGUCCGUUGUUAAAGGUGUUCGUACCAUGAGGGAUAUUCUGCAAAGGUCCUAUAGUGUAUCGAUUGCCUGUAUAUAGCUGCUAACACACCAGGCCAUCCAAAUGGUGAUCAUGUCAGGCACAGCCACUGUGCUGCAGCAGUUUGUCAGCGGGCUCAAGAGUCGAAAUGAAGACACCAGAGCAAAGUCUGCGAAGGAUCUGCAGCACUAUGUGACAACAGAGUUGAGAGAGUUAAGUCAAGAUGAAGCCACCACAUUCUACGAUGAAUUGAAUCACCACAUAUUUGAGCUGGUCUCCAGCUCUGAUGUCAAUGAGAAGAAAGGAGGGAUUCUUGCCAUAGUGAGUCUGAUUGGAGUGGAGGGAGGCAAUGCCACCAGGAUCAGUCGCUUUGCCAACUACCUGCGUAACCUGCUCCCCUCUGGUGACCCGGUGGUGAUGGAGAUGGCUUCCAAAGCCAUGGGCCACCUGUCCAUGGCUGGGGAUACCUUCACUGCUGAAUAUGUGGAGUUUGAGGUGAAGCGGGCACUGGAGUGGCUGGGAGCAGACAGGAAUGAAGGCAGACGCCAUGCAGCAGUGUUGGUAUUAAGGGAGCUGGCCGUGAGUGCCCCCACCUUCUUUUUCCAGCAAGUGCAGCCCUUCUUUGACAACAUCUUCUACGCUGUAUGGGACCCCAAGCAGGCCAUCCGAGAGGGCGCCGUGUCAGCACUGCGGGCCUGCCUCAUCCUAACCACGCAAAGGGAGACCAAAGAAAUGCAGAAACCACAGUGGUACAAACAAACGUUUGAGGAGGCAGAGAGGGGAUUUGAUGAAACACUGGCCAAGGAGAAAGGGAUGAAUCGGGACGACAGGUUCCAUGGUGCUCUCCUCAUCCUCAAUGAGUUGGUUCGCAUCAGCAGCAUGGAAGGAGAGCGCAUGCGCGAGGAGAUGGAGGAGAUCACGCAGCAGCAGCUGGUGCACGACAAGUACUGCAAGGAGCUGAUGGGCUUCGGAACCAAGCCCCGUCACAUCACCCCUUUCACCAGCUUCCAGUCUGUGCAGCCGCAGCAGUCCAAUGCUCUCUUGGGCCUGCUGGGCUACAGCACGCCGCAGGGUUUCCUCAGCUUUGGAGCGACACCGGUGCCUGCUAAGAGCUCGCUGGUGGAGAGCAGAUACUGCCGGGAGCUCAUGGAGGAGCGGUUUGACCAGGUGUGUCGAUGGGUGCUAAAAUACCGAACCAGUAAGAAUCCUCUCAUCCAGAUGACCAUCCUCAAUCUGCUUCCACGGCUUGGUGCCUUCCAGCCGCACACCUUUACUGACCAAUACCUGUCAGACACCAUGGGAUACCUCCUGGGCAGCCUAAAGAAGGAGAAGGAGAGGACAGCAGCCUUCCAAGCUCUGGGUUUGCUGGUGGUGGCGGUCAGAGUGGAAAUCCAGCCCUAUCUCUCUAAGAUCCUGGAGAUUAUCAAGGCGGCUCUUCCACCCAAAGACUUUGCUCACAAGAGGCAGAAGUCAAUACAGGUGGAUGCCACAGUGUUUACCUGUAUAAGCAUGUUGUCCAGGGCCAUGGGCCCAAGCAUCCAGCCAGACAUCAAGGAGCUGUUGGAGCCCAUGUUAGCUGUGGGCCUCAGCCCUGCGCUGACAGCGGUGCUGUACGACCUGAGCCGCCAGAUCCCCCAGCUGAAGAAGGACAUCCAGGAUGGGCUGCUGAAGAUGCUUUCGCUGGUUUUGAUGCACAAGCCGCUGCGUCACCCAGGCAUGCCCAAAGGCUUGGCUCACCAGCUGGCCUCACCGAGCCUUACCAACAUCCCGGAGGCCAGUGACGUUGGCAGCAUCACUCUGGCCCUUCGCACAUUGGGAAGCUUUGAGUUUGAAGGACACUCCCUCACCCAGUUUGUGCGCCACUGUGCCGACCACUUCUUGAACAGCGAGCACAAGGAGAUCCGAAUGGAGGCAGCGAGGACCUGCUCCCGACUCCUCACUCCCUCCAUACACCCCAUCAGUGGCCAUGUUGUAAGCCAGACAGCUGUGCAGGUGGUUGCGGAUGUGCUGAGUAAGCUGCUGGUGGUCGGCAUCACAGACCCAGAUCCCGACAUCAGAUACUGUGUGUUGGCGUCCCUCGACGAGCGCUUCGAUGCCCACCUGGCACAGGCAGAGAACCUGCAAGCGCUCUUUGUGGCCCUGAAUGAUGAAGUAUUUGAGAUCAGAGAACUGGCUAUCUGCACAAUCGGACGUCUCAGCAGCAUGAACCCGGCCUUUGUCAUGCCCUUCUUACGCAAGAUGCUCAUUCAGAUUUUAACCGAGUUGGAGCACAGUGGAGUUGGUAGAAACAAGGAGCAGAGUGCACGUAUGCUGGGCCACCUGGUCUCCAACGCCCCUCGCCUCAUACGGCCCUACAUGGAGCCCAUCCUCAAGGCUCUCAUCCUGAAGUUGAAAGACCCAGACCCCAAUCCUGGAGUGGUCAUCAGCGUGCUUGCCACCAUUGGCGAGCUGGCCCAGGUGAGCGGCCUGGAGAUGAGGAAGUGGAUGGACGAGCUUUUCCCAAUCAUCAUGGACAUGCUGCAGGACUCGUCUUCAUUGGCCAAACGACAGGUGGCAUUGUGGACCUUGGGCCAACAGGUGGCAAGUACCGGCUAUGUGGUGGAGCCCUACCGAAAGUACCCUUCCCUUCUGGAGGUGCUGCUCAACUUCCUGAAGACGGAGCAAAACCAGGGCAUCAGAAGAGAGGCCAUCCGUGUACUGGGUCUGCUCGGUGCGCUGGACCCAUACAAACACAAGGUGAACAUCGGCAUGAUCGACCAGUCACGAGAUGCGUCUGCCGUCAGUCUCUCCGAGUCCAAGUCCAGUCAGGACUCAGCCGACUACAGCACAAGUGAGAUGCUGGUCAACAUGGGAAACCUGCCCCUGGAUGAGUUUUACCCGGCCGUGGCCAUCGUCACCCUGAUGCGCAUCCUGAGAGACCCGUCCCUCUCAAACCACCACACCAUGGUGGUCCAGGCUGUCACCUUCAUUUUCAAAUCUCUGGGCCUCAAGUGCGUCCAGUUCCUGCCGCAGGUCAUGCCCACUUUCCUCAACGUGAUCAGGGUGUGCGACGCCAGCAUCCGAGAGUUCCUCUUUCAGCAGAUGGGAAUGGUGGUGUGCUUUGUGAAGAUCCACAUCCGCCCCUACAUGGAUGACAUCUUCACCCUCAUCAGAGAGUACUGGACACCCAACAACCCGAUGCAGAACACCAUCAUCCUUCUGAUCGAGCAGAUCGUGGUAGCACUGGGUGGAGAGUUCAAACUCUACCUGCCUCAGCUCAUCCCGCACAUGUUGCGUGUCUUUAUGCACGACAACAGCACCGGGCGCAGCGUUACCAUUAAGCUGCUGAACGCCAUCCAGCUGUUUGGCGCCAACCUGGACGACUACCUCCACCUGUUACUGCCUCCUAUUGUCAAGUUGUUUGAUGCGCCCGAUGUUCCUCUGCAGGCCCGCAAGGUUGCUCUGGAGACUCUGGACAGGUUGACGGAAUCCCUGGACUUUACUGACUACGCCUCUCGCAUUAUCCACCCCAUCGUCCGGACGCUGGACAGCACGCCAGAGCUGCGCUCCACCUCCAUGGACACCUUGUCCUCGCUGGUGUUCCAGCUGGGCAAGAAGUACCAGAUCUUCAUCCCUAUGGUAAAUAAAGUGAUGCUGAAGCACCGGAUCAACCACCAACGUUAUGACAUACUGAUAUGUCGCAUCGUUAAGGGCUACACUCUGGCAGAGGAGGAAGACAACCCUCUAAUCUUCCAACACCGCCAGCUACGAGGUAACCAAGGCGAUGCCCUGGUCAGCGGACCCGUGGAGGCGGGACCCAUGAAGAAGCUUCACGUCAGCACGACAGCUCUUCAGAAGGCCUGGGGCGCCGCACGAAAGGUUUCCAAAGACGACUGGCUGGAGUGGCUGAGGCGCUUGAGCGUGGUCCUCCUCAAGGAGUCUUCUUCCCCGGCGCUGCGAUCAUGCUGGUCGCUGGCCCAAACCUACAUCCCACUGGCCAGGGAUCUUUUCAACGCUGCUUUCCUGUCCUGUUGGUCCGAGCUAAGCGAAGACCAGCAGGACGAGCUGAUCCGCAGCAUCGAGUUGGCGCUGACGUCGCAGGACAUCGCUGAGGUCACGCAGACGCUGCUCAACCUGGCAGAGUUCAUGGAGCACAGUGACAAGGGCCCUCUGCCUCUGAGAGAUGACAAUGGCAUUGUGCUGCUUGGCGAGAGGGCUGCCAAAUGUCGCGCCUACGCCAAAGCUUUGCAUUACAAAGAGCUGGAAUUCCAGAAAGGUGCUUCACCCCUCAUCCUGGAGUCUCUUAUCAGUAUCAACAAUAAACUGCAACAGCCGGAAGCUGCGUCGGGUGUGUUGGAGUACGCCAUGAAACAUUUUGGUGAACUGGAAAUCCAAGCCACCUGGUACGAGAAGCUCCAUGAGUGGGAAGAUGCCCUGGUGGCGUACGACAAGAAGAUCGACAUGAACAAAGAGGAUCCAGAGCUCAUCCUGGGCAGGAUGCGCUGCUUAGAGGCCCUGGGAGAAUGGGGCCAGUUACACCAGCAGUGCUGUGAGGAAUGGACACUCGUGAGUGAAGAAACCCAGGCCAAGAUGGCUCGUAUGGCUGCUGCAGCUGCUUGGGGCCUAGGGCAUUGGGACAGCAUGGAGGAAUAUACAUGCAUGAUCCCGAGAGAUACCCACGACGGCGCCUUCUAUAGAGCAGUGCUAGCCCUGCAUCAGGAUCUGUUCUCAUUGGCCCAGCAGUGCAUUGACAAAGCAAGAGACCUACUGGAUGCUGAGCUGACAGCCAUGGCUGGAGAGAGCUACAGUCGAGCCUAUGGGGCCAUGGUGUCAUGCCAGAUGCUGUCAGAGCUGGAGGAGGUGAUCCAGUACAAGCUUGUGCCCGAGAGGAGGGACAUUAUUAGGGAAACGUGGUGGGAGAGGCUUCAGGGUUGUCAGCGUAUUGUGGAGGACUGGCAAAGGAUCCUCAUGGUCCGGUCCCUGGUGAUCAGUCCCCACGAGGACAUGAGGACGUGGUUGAAAUAUGCCAGCCUCUGUGGCAAGAGUGGACGUCUGGCUUUAGCCCAUAAGACCCUGGUGCUCCUGCUGGGCGUUGACCCCUCCAAGCAACUGGAUCACCCUCUGCCCACAGCCCACCCGCAUGUAACCUACGCUUAUAUGAAGUACAUGUGGAAGAGCACCCGCAAGAUCGAUGCCUUCCAGCACAUGCAGCACUUUGUGCAAGGGAUGCAGCAGCAAGCCCAGCACGCCAUUGCGGCUGAGGACCAACAACACAAGCUGGAGCUCCACAAACUGAUGGCCAGAUGCUUCCUGAAGCUGGGAGAGUGGCAGCUCAGUCUGCAGGGCAUCAAUGAGAGCACCAUUCCCAAAGUCUUGCAGUAUUAUAGCCAUUCCACCGAGCACGACCGCAACUGGUACAAGGCCUGGCACGCCUGGGCAGUGAUGAACUUCGAGGCGGUGCUACACUACAAGCACCAAAACCAGGCCCGCGACGAGAAGAAGAAGCUGCGGCACGCCAGUGGCGCCAGCGCCAAUAGCGAGGCCAGUAACAGCGACAGCGAGAUGGACUGCAGCGACCACAGUGCGGGACAGAAAAAAGUCAAUGAAGACCUCUCCAAAACAUUGCUCUUGUACACAGUUCCUGCCGUUCAAGGCUUCUUCCGCUCCAUCUCUCUCUCCAGAGGCAACAACCUGCAGGAUACACUAAGGGUUCUAACUCUGUGGUUCGACUAUGGUCAUUGGCCUGAGGUGAAUGAGGCCCUAGUGGAGGGCAUAAAAACCAUACAAAUAGACACCUGGCUGCAGGUGAUCCCGCAACUCAUAGCUCGAAUAGACACUCCUCGUGCUCUGGUGGGUCGCCUCAUCCACCAACUGCUGACAGACAUCGGCCGCUAUCAUCCCCAAGCGUUGAUCUACCCGCUGACUGUGGCCUCCAAAUCCACCACCACAGCUCGCCACAAUGCCGCUAACAAGAUCCUGAAGAACAUGUGCGAACACUGCAACACUCUGGUUCAGCAAGCCAUCAUGGUGAGCGAGGAGCUUAUCAGAGUGGCCAUCUUGUGGCACGAGAUGUGGCAUGAGGGCCUGGAGGAGGCAUCGCGACUCUACUUCGGGGAGCGCAACGUCAAGGGCAUGUUUGCUGUACUGGAGCCUCUACACGCCAUGAUGGAGAGGGGGCCGCAGACCCUGAAAGAGACCUCGUUCAAUCAGGCUUAUGGCAGGGAUCUGAUGGAGGCUCAGGAUUGGUGCAGGAAGUACAUGCGCUCUGGAAACGUGAAAGACUUGACCCAGGCCUGGGACCUUUACUACCACGUGUUCAGACGCAUUUCCAAACAGUUGCCACAGUUGACUUCCCUGGAGCUGCAGUACGUUUCUCCCAAGCUGUUGAUGUGUCGCGACCUGGAAUUAGCCGUGCCUGGCACUUAUGACCCCAAUCAGCCCAUAAUCCGUAUCCAGUCCAUUGCACCCUCCCUGCAGGUCAUCACCUCCAAGCAGCGGCCUCGCAAACUCACCAUCAUGGGCAGCAACGGCCAUGAGUUCAUGUUCCUGUUAAAGGGCCACGAGGACCUCAGGCAGGACGAGAGAGUCAUGCAGCUGUUUGGCCUGGUCAACACUCUGCUGGCCAACGACCCUGCGUCUUUGCGGAAGAACCUCAGCAUCCAGCGCUACGCCGUGAUCCCCCUGUCCACUAACUCAGGCCUGAUCGGCUGGGUGCCCCACUGUGACACGCUACACGCCCUCAUUAGAGACUACAGAGAGAAGAAGAAAAUACUGCUGAACAUUGAACAUCGCAUCAUGCUCAGAAUGGCUCCAGACUAUGACCACCUGACGCUGAUGGAGAAGGUGGAGGUGUUUGAGCACGCCGUCAACAACACGGCUGGAGAUGACCUGGCCAAACUCUUGUGGCUAAAGAGCCCAAGUUCUGAGGUGUGGUUUGACAGGAGGACUAAUUACACUCGCUCCCUGGCUGUGAUGUCAAUGGUGGGCUACAUCCUGGGACUUGGCGACAGGCAUCCUUCCAACCUGAUGCUGGAUCGGUUAAGCGGGAAAAUCCUCCAUAUUGACUUUGGAGAUUGUUUUGAGGUUGCCAUGACAAGAGAAAAGUUCCCUGAGAAGAUUCCUUUCAGGUUAACAAGGAUGCUGACCAAUGCCAUGGAGGUGACAGGCCUGGACGGCAACUACCGCAUCACAUGCCACACGGUGAUGGAGGUUCUGAGGGAGCACAGAGACAGCGUCAUGGCCGUGCUGGAGGCCUUUGUCUACGACCCACUGCUCAACUGGAGACUCAUGGACACAAACACCAAAGGCAACAAGCGCUCCCGCACAAGGACCGACUCCUACACAGCGGGACAGUCUGUGGAAGGCAUUGAGACAAUGGACCUCGGAGAGACCACGCACAAGAAACCAGGGACCACAGUGCCUGAAUCUAUUCACUCUUUCAUUGGAGAUGGCUUGGUGCAACCUGAGGCCCUCAACAAGAAAGCCAUUCAGAUUAUCAACAGAGUGCGAGAUAAACUUACAGGUCGAGACUUCUCUCAUGACGAGACGCUGGACGUGCCAACGCAAGUGGAGCUGUUGAUAAAGCAGGCCACCUCCCAUGAGAACCUGUGCCAGUGUUACAUCGGCUGGUGUCCAUUUUGGUGAAGAAGCAUAUUUUUGGCCACCAAUGUUUAACACCUCUUCCAAUAUUAAACCAUGAAGACUCACAGACACUCAUUCCAAAGUGUGGAAAUGUUAUGUCCUUUUUUUGCACAAGGUACAACUUAUGGAGUCUUUUUUUUUUUUGGCAAUGUGCAUUAAGCAUUGCGACACAGAUGUGUUUUUUGGGGGGGGGGGAGCUCUUUAUAAGCUCUUGGAUUUACCAGCCUAAUUCAAGACACCCGCCCACUUGCAGCAUUCUAACGCUAAGAGCUUUUUCUUCUACUGUAGCCAUGUUGGCAAACAUUGUAGUUGUCACACGGCCGUCUACUUGUGUCAUUGUGUAUUAUUGUGACAUAUUUCAGUAACACAGGAAGCCUUUUACUAACUCCAGCUCUGCGUUGUAAUCCGUGACACGGUAUGAAUGAAGUUCAACGACACGCUGUAUGGGCGUUUGUGUGCCAUUAAACCCUGUACAGAUA